AUGGCGAGCUUCCCACCCACAGUAACAAUUACAGCACAAUCAUUGGACAACAGCUCAGCAGCAUCCGACAAUGUCAACCACACUCGUCUGUCGCUUGAAGCGUGGAUGUCCCUCUUCACCACUGCCGGUCAUCACAGCUUCCUCCACAAGCUGUAUAACCAGGAGGCGAGGUCAUGGUAUUACAUCCUCCACUAUCAGGGUGACCUCCCUCUCUCGGCCCUUUCGGAGGAAGGGCGACAUUUGUUGGUGAUGAUUCGGUCCGAGAGACUAGUUGUCGAAAAGAGGGUGGGGCAAGGAGAGCGCCUCGCAGAAAUGCGGCUUGAGAUCUGGCCAACGAGCGCGAAAAGCAUGACGAGCUGCCACUACCGUUGUUUAUGGCGGGUACCCGUCGCUGUCCUCAAGUCACUGGAGGAGGUAGCUGAGAGUGAUAGCCCGAAGGACUCUGGGUACAAAUCAGACGCUACCCUUGACAGUGCAAGGGAGAACCUCACGCAGGAGGUGAAGGAGAAUCGGCAGUGGAAAGGGAAGAGGCCGGAAGCGUGGUCGAUGCAGGAGAGGUGGAACAGGCGGGAACUCGCGCAGGAAGGGGAACAAGGCCGUGGCGAAGAUGAGCUUCGAGGGUUGGCAAAGGGAGACCCCGUUGGCAACGCAGGCGUGUCGUAUCUGAUGCGCACCCUCCCUAGUUCCUUCCACGCUAUCCUCUGGAACCGCCCUUCGGUGACAGGUGCAUCCUACUCCAGGUGCACGAAAAGCACGCCAGAAUGCCACAUACAGUUGGGGCUCGAGCGAGACGCUGCAAUGGCCGCGGGGACAACAGGAGCAUGGCGAAAUUUUGGGAAGCUGGGCGGGUUAGAGGCGGGUGUCAUGAGCAUCAGACGCGAACUGCAGGUACUGCAGAUGCUGGAAGAUGUGGUGGUGCGGCGGCCGUUUCAACACAACAACCUGGAGGAGACACUGUGGAGCUAUGCGCAACAGAUGUGA